AUGAAUGCAAACCCGCUCAGCGCAAAGCUGACAAAGCUCCUCGCGAGCUCUCUCGAUGACCCAAAACUCAGGACUUCCCUCACUGCCCUCUCAGAGUUCUACACCGUCAAUGCUGUCAACUCGCGACACAACCUCAGGGGCGAUAUCGAACGACGAGGCACCGAAGUCAACUACCAGUUCCUCCAGGAGCUGGAGAAAGUCAACAUCCAAUUCCUGGAACUGGAGGCCGAGAUGAACGAAAUGAACUCGCUUUGUCAGGAGAUGCAGGACCGCCUGAACUUGGCGAAUGACAAGACCGUCACCUUGCUCGAGCAGACUGACGCUCUUCGGGAACAGAGCAACAUUUGUGCGGUGCGGCAGACUAUCUUGGAGGCGUUUCUGGACCGAUUUACAUUGUCAGAGUCAGAGAUUACGAUCUUGUGCUCGACUGCUAUGGAUGUCACGCCUGCCUUCUUUGACGCGCUGGAGCACCUCGAAAACAUUCACGCCGACUGCAACGCGCUUUUGAUCACAGAGCACCAGCGAGCAGGAUUGGAGAUCAUGGACUCGAUGAGAACGUAUCGUAGUAUUUCAUACGAAAAGCUGUUCAGGUGGAUGCAAAAUGAAUGCAGGACAAUGAGCCGACCAGACGGGAUGAUGGAAGUUCGGGAGGUUACCAAGAAGGCGAUCCAAGCACUCAAGCAGGAUGAUCAAUUCUUCAGAUUGAUUCUGGAGGAAUUAGUCCAUGUGCGACGCAACGCUAUCCUUAGAUCAUUCAUCGAUGCCUUGACGAGAGGAGGACCUGGCGGCACACCACGACCGAUCGAACUGCAUGCUCACGACCCCCUGCGAUACAUUGGAGACAUGUUGGCAUGGAUCCAUCAGACUGUGGCGAGUGAACGUGAGUUUUUGGAGAGCGUUCUGAGCAGCGAGCGAAAGAAGCGGGAUCGUGGACAUGUUGAGAUCAAGUUGCCCAAGGCCAGCCCAUUGCGGCUUGUCGAGAGCGAUGCUACAGAUGCAGAGAUUGUUGACUCGCUUCUGGACAAGAACCUCGAAGGAACCGCACGACCACUCAAGUCGCGAGUGGAGCAGGUGCUGGUUUCUCAGGCAAACGCCAUCACAGCAUUCAAGAUCUCCAACCUCAUCAAGUUCUACUCUUCGACAAUCGAGAAGGCCCUCGGAACAGAGGCAACCCUUUCGAAAACGUUGCACGAAAUCUCGGACGCGUCGAUGCAAGUGUUCUUUGACGCGAUCGGAAAACAAUCAGCAGAUCUCUUACGUCGACCCGACUCUCCAGGAACAGAUCUCGGACCACCUCCAGCCAUGAAGGAAACUGUGCUUCAACUCAAGGAGAUCAUGAAAUCUUUCGACACGUCCUUUGUCCAGGUCGAUGAGGGUAACAAGGACUUUGCACCCAUCCUGAGUGCCGUGAUUGAUCCUCUUUUCCAGAUGUGUGAGAUUGGCGCCGCCCACUUGAGUGCCUUCAACAGAGCCAUCUACAUGAUGAACUGUCUUCACUAUGUCCAGUCGGCGCUCGUAUACCCAUUCACAAAGCACAAGGUGGAAGACCUUGAGAAGCAAGUUCAGGACUAUGUCGACACGGUUGUCGAUGAGCAGCAUAUUGUGUUGUUGAAGCAGUCUGGCAUUGCACCAAUAAUACAGGCCAUGGAAACCAAGGAUGAGAAGACGCCAUUAUCGUCGGUACCAGGCAUGGAUGCAAUGUCAAUCUCGGCAAUCUUAUCGCGUCUGGACCACUUUUUGGGAUCGGUGACCUUGGAUCUGUCGUCGUGGCUGUCCAAGAUUGUGUCGUCGAGGCUGGCCAAAACGAUUAGUACACAGAACGUGAGGAUGUUUGUGGAUGCAUACCGGCGCCUGUGCCAGGCCGUUGAGGACCCUAAGAACCAGUACGAGUUCCCAGCUACAAUCCUAGUGCGCACCGCAGACGACGUAGAGGAUCUCCUAGUCGACUAG